UCUUUCCCCUUUACCUCGGUGGGGGGUAUCACCUGGGUCUUCUCAUUUAUAAAUGUCAAAUCCAUUUUUGUAUUAGAUUGUACCUAUGGUGAGAGGGCUCUGUAGUGUGUAUGUAUGCUGAACACGUUUUUAUAGUUUAGCAGACUUGAAGGCAUGGUCUAAUAAUAUGUUCCUUGCUGGUUAAUACAUUUAAGAUUUUACAUUUAUGAAGCUAUCAUUGCUUUAGUGCAUGAUAGCUAAGCUGCCUUCUGAGUAAAGAAUUAAAACAUUCAGGUGUCACAGCACAUUGGAAUAUGUUGUGGAUUAUAUGUUAAUUAUUUACUGAAUUUUCUUUUAUAUUUCUGCCAACUAAGAUUAAAGGACAACGCAUAUCAGAUAUUUUAAAACACACAUUUUUGUUGCUGUGUGAACUCUUCUAGCUGAUUUCUGGAAUUGUGAUGGCAUAUAUUCAAAUAUGGCUUGAUAUGUAGGAAGAUAUGCAUUUGUGCUGUCAUGAUGUGUUGUUUGGGUUUCUGUAUUUUGUAGAAGGGAAAAAAUUUUAAUCACAAGAAACUAGGCAGUAGGGAGAAAAGCUGGGAAGAGGAAAUUCAGAAACAAAAAGGAAGCAAGAAUGGAAAUGGGCUCAGGACACAUGUGGGACCCUCUGGACAGAUGUGCAGACAUCACAAGCAGCAUGGGGCACUCAUGGACCACAGGAAGGAGCUGAGCUCUAUCCCCUAGUUGUCUUGAGAAUGAGGUAGAGACACUUGUAAUGCCAGUGACCUUCGGGUCACACUCAGUUGCUCUUCCACAGGCUAGUGGUUCUGAAUUUUUAUUUUUGCAGAUUAAUCCUCUGUGGUGACCAGAAGCAGCGAGUUCUAAGUGUAAGAAAUGCAUUGUAAACAAGCUUCUGGAUGAUUCCAAUGCAGGUAGUCUGAUCAGAGAAAUAAUCCCUAACCAUUAUCUUUUUGUUAUAUUCUUAGUAAACUGGGGAGAAGAAUCAAAACCUAGAGGAAUUUAGCUUUAUAAAAGCUUUGGAAAGUAUAAGCUUUGUAAUAAGAAACAGCACUAAGGAAGUGCUUCUAACCCAUUGGCUUCUAAGGAAGAUGGCUGAGCUUAGUUUGAAAGGAUAAGGUGGUUGUGGUCACCUGGUGGUUGGGGGACUUAAUUCGCAUUUGGGAGUCUUGUGGAAGCCAGGGAACCAGGAGGUGGGAGAGGAGCACACCAAGUUCCUCUGGGUUCCACAGAAUGAGAAUUUGGGAUCUGGUGUGGAGGAAGUGGUUAAGAAGGUAGAUUUGCAUCUUAGUUAAAUCACUGGUGACAAAGAGACACACAGUGGCAGGAAGACUGAAGCCACAUCACAUCAUUACAAGGCCAAGAAAGUAAAGCAGUAAAUUGGGCAGUGGUUUGAAAGUUCUUGGUCAUAUGUUUUCACUGUAACAAUUUGCAUUUCAGAAUGACUCAGAACAGUCCUUGAAGAAGUGAAGAAGUAAAGGCUACCCUUCUCCUUACAGGUAUUUUUAUUUGGUCCCUAACAUUUAUUGGGUGUUCAGGAUAAGUUAACACUGUUUAGGUUACACAGCUCUAGUGUUUGUAUUUAGGGUCUUCAGCAGCUCAGUGUAUUACGCCUUUGAUGAAGACAAGCCAAACCUAUCAGCAGUCACAGUAGCUCAGGUUUCAUUUAACGCUUUGACAGCUGGGCAGAGGUAAGUGAUGAAAGAUGAAAAAGUAUACCAUCUUCAAACCUGUCAGAAUUUCUCCUUUAGGUAAUCAUCACAAGAGGGGGGGAAAUUUCACAAGAAGGGAUAACUCAGUGAGAAAGUCGAUGAGUGAAUUUCACCAGAAAAAAAUCAGAAAAUGCUAUCUGUAGCCUGGGUGUGGAUGGAGGUCUUAUUUGUUCCUGAAUUCUAGGAGGUGUUUUUGGACAGAUAAUAUGCCCCAUGAUGCUAUUUAACGGUGGAAGACUGCUUGCAAUCAGAUAGUCAUGAUUAAGAGAUGAUUUAAUGCUUGGCACAAAUGAGCCUGAGCAAGCAGCGCGGGUAUAUAUAUUUUUUAAGGGCAACAAUGAUUUGGUAACGUGAGCGGAAUAUUCCUGGACUUGCCACCUGUUGUUGACAGUUACCACGGGGAGAGGGGAGGCUGUGUCCAGUGCUAAUUGCGGCGAAUCCUAAGGCUCAGUCUGCGUGCCACGCUAGUCAGCCCACAGGCGUGCUUCGCCAGCAGGAGUGUCCUGUGACACGGGCAUUCGCCCUGCGCCCUGUGCGUACGCGGCAGAACUGAUUUUUCCAAAAGUGACCCACGAUAGUAAUUUAGGGGCAAGGGGUCUUAAGUGAAAUGAGAAGCACGGAUGUCAAAAUAAAACCGCCAUAAACACGCUACUCUCUCCUCCCACACCAGCUUGUGUUCCGGUGGCAGGGCAGUCGCCAGACCCACCCUAGCCGUUUGGAAAUGCCAGUUUCCCCGCGCGCCAGUUCGCCCACUCGCGGAAAAGGCCCAGCGUAGCUCGUUCCUCCCUCCGAGUGCGGGCCUUUGUCCCUUUCGCGAUUGGCUGGGGCUGCUAUCGCUCUGCCUUCUACGCAAGAGGGCGGAGCUUUGUGACGCAUGCAGUGAUGCAUCCGAAGGUAUAAAUAGCCCUGCCGGUGUUGGGGUCUCACAGGAGCCGCCAGUGAGGGGGCAACGAGGAAGCCCUUUUAGAGUUGAAAUUACAGACAUCCUGCCAGAAUGAUUUCUUCAAAGCCCAGACUUGUCGUACCCUAUGGCCUCAAGACUCUGCUGGAAGGAGUUAGCAGAGCCAUUCUCAAAACCAACCCAUCGAACAUCACCCAGUUUGCAGCAAUUUAUUUUAAAGAACUUAUCGUGUUUAGAGAAGGGAAUACUUCUCUGGAUAUAAGAGAUCUGGUUAAACAAUUUCAUCAGAUUAAAGUAGAGAAAUGGUCAGAAGGAAUGGCAUUGGAUGAGAAACCAGAAUGUGUAAAACAACCAGAAGUAACAUCUAUUUCCCAAGAACCUACACGGAUGGAAAAAUCUACAGACACAGAGGAGGACAAUAUAGCUGGACAACAAUUUAGCAACAAGACCACUCAAUUUCCAGCAGUUCAUGCUGAGACCCCACAGCCUGAGGAGACAACUGAAGGAGUUUGGUGUCCUCCUUCCAAACCAACCACACCUAAGACUACUACCCCAUCCUCAUCACCACCGCCAGCACCUGUCUCAGCAGAGUAUGCCUAUGUCCCAGCUGACCCAGCUCAGUUUGCCGCUCAGAUGUUAGCCCUAGCAACAAGUGAAGCAGGACAACCACCACCAUAUUCUAACAUGUGGACCCUUUACUGUCUAACUGAUAUGAAUCAACAAAGCCGCCCAUCACCGCCACCUGCAUCUGGGCCUUUUCCCCAAGCAACCCUCUAUCUAUCUAAUCCUAAGGAUCCACAGUUUCUGCAGAGUCCACCGAAAGUUACUUCUCCAACUUAUGUGAUGAUGGAUGACAACAAGAAGGCCAGUGCCCCACCUUUCAUUUUAGUAGGAUCAAAUGUUCAGGAAAGCCAGGAUUGGAAACCUAUUCCUGGACAUGCUGUUGUCUCACAGUCAGAUGCCUUGAAGAGAUACGCUGCAGUACAAGUACCCAUUGCUGUUCCUGCAGAUCAAAAGUUCCAGAAACAUACCUUAAAUUCCCAGAAUGUUAGUCCUCCUACAAGUGGACAAGAUGGCCCCCGACCACAAAGUCCAGUUUUUCUUUCUGUUGCUUUCCCAGUAGAAGAUGUAGCUAAAAAAAGUUCAGGAUCUGGUGACAAACGUACUCCCUUUGGAAGUUAUGGUAUUGCUGGAGAGAUUACUGUGACUACUGCCCAUGUUCACAGAGCAGAAACUUAAAAUGGUAGGUAAACCUUACCUGCCAUAUGUGGACCUUAAUCGCUUGUUUUUGUUUUUUGUUUUUUUAGCAUUUUGAUUUGACCUAGAGAUUGGGAUUUUUUUUUCAAAGUGAUAUGAGUAGAAGUAUACCACUAAUGAAUGCCCAGUAUACAUGAACCAGUCAACCCAAGCCACCUUUGAACACACAAUAGUAUAGAAGAGGGGGUUAUUAGAUUGUUUCAAGGAAAGGAUGAUCCAGGCAGCAUGUUUAAGGAAUGGGGAGGAGGAGAUGAGCUGUGAACUGCUACAGAACGAGUGAGGAAAGGACUCACGAUGGAGCACUCAAGCUAAAGAGCUUUUUAGCACUUGCAAACUUGACUAGUAUUUAAAGGUAAGCCCCUAAAUGUUGUGGACAGCGGGGUAAGUAAAAUAUGGGCCUAGUGGGGAGACAGACACAAGUGCUAGUAUAGUGCCUAGCAUGCAUAAGGUCAUAGGUUUAAGCCCUAGCAGGCAAGAAAACUGAUCCGGGCUCUUUUCAUAGUGGCUGUUAAGUAGGAUGCUCAGGCUUGAAAGUAGCCAGAUUAGAGUACAAGAACUGCUAGAGUGUUUUAAAAAGCAAAGAUAGCUAACUGAAUUUCUGAUCUCCAAAUCAGUUCAUAUUUAAUAAUUCAAUAUUUGUUAUUUCCAUCAGAUGAUGAAAAUGACAGUCAACAUUCAAGCUGUUUGAGUCAACAUUCAAGGUAGAGUCUACCACCAAGUGUAAUAUAUCAAUAAACUUCCUGCAAGCAUAGAACUUUGUAUUCUUAUUUGAAAUCUGUUCAGACUUGUUGAAUACUCUUUCCCAGUGUUAGAGAUU